AUGUGCCGCCCCCCGCACGCCGCCAUCGCGGCCUACCAGAAGAAGAAGAGCAUGGUGCAGGCCAUGUUCCAGCAGGGCGCCCCCACGGAGCAGCCGCCCGCCCCCCCGUCCUUCCCUCCUCAGGAGGUCACUCCGCCGUCGUCCCUGAACGUCAACCCCUCCCAGGACACGACGCCCCGCAUCCAGGUGCCGCAGGCCACCCUGCCCCCCGAGCCCCUGGUCCUGCCGGCCGCGGACGAGCCCCUCGACGCAGAGGCCAAGCCGUCGGUCAAGGCCGCCCCGUGCGACGAGAAGUCGAUGCUGAUGAAGUACAAGCGCCGCCACCGGUCGGAGGAGAUGCUGCUGGAGGAGAUUGAGGACCCCGCCGAGCGGCGCCGGCAGAAGCGCCUGAUGAAGAACCGGCUCACGGCGGCCAUCAGCCGCGAGCGCAAGAAGCACCAGGUGUCGCAGCUCCAGGCGCAGGUGCAGACCGCGCAGGAGGAGGCCGCGGGGCUGCGCCGCGCCGUCGUCGAGCGCGACAUGGAGAUCUCCGAGCUCCGGCAGGAGGUGGCGGGGCUGCGGCGCGUCGUCGCGCAGAUCCAGAACGCGUUCGCGAGCGCCCCGGCGCCCGGCGACGCGAUGGGCAGCUGGGCGGGGCCCGACGCCCGCUGCAACAACACCAUGCAGGGCGUCUCGCAGCCCCUCGGCGCGCCGUACCCGACGCCGUGCGGGUCCGCGGGGCAGUCCGUGGGCUCGGACACCGCGCGGCUGGACCCGGGCCACCUGUGCGCCCAGCAGCACCAGCAGCCGCCGCCGCCGCCGCUGCCGCAGGAGUUUGUUGCCCCCGUCGAGGAGCCCCCCGCGCUGCCCGUCGCCGCGCUGCCGACGGACCUCCCGACGGACUUCUCCGAGGAGGUCAUGGCCGACCUGUCGCGGGACUUCCACUGCUGGCAGGAGCUGGUGCUGUGA